GUUUUUUUCGUCAGAGGGUGUGCUGAGGCAUACCACUUCAUAUUGUUUUCAGCCAACUUGGUGUUAUGUCGUUUAAAGUGGUUUUCCUUGUUUUUUUAGUACAUGUUGGAUUAUUUCGAAUUGGCAAUGGUGGUCCGGUAAAAAACUUAUUAAAGGAUUUUUCCCACUGCCAAGCUCGUGAACGUCACUAUGCUUACAGUCACUUGUGUUUCUUGUCAUGUGAAAGCGAUGGGUACUGCCCAGACCAGAGUGAAUGUCUUUGCGAUAAUCGGUGUGGUAUGAGUUGCAUAAAUCAUGACAGGAUAUCUUACUGCGACCCCAUUCCUUUCCCAGACAACGGUUUUGCUAUCUUGAAAAUUGUUGGACAUGAUGAUAUAUUUGCAAUUAGCCAUGGCGCUGAGCUUGACUUCUACUGCAACAUGGGUUACGUGCUGGUUGGUCAGCAGCGACUCUCGUGUAUGGCAUGUGGCGUAUGGGACAAUCCGCCUCCUAUUUGUAUUAAUAUAUUAAGUGAAGACCAUUGUGGCAACCCACCCUCCCUACAAGACGCCACUGUAACCAUGUGUGAGGAUUGUGUAGAAGAACCGAUCGCUACUUACACCUGCAACAGCGGGUUCUUUCUCUUGGGAAAUGGGUCUGUAAAAUGCAACAAUGGUAUCUGGGAGAGCUUGGAUGCAAUGUGUUUAAAAAAAUGCUGUAGCCUUCCUAACAUUCCAGAACCUUCUUUAAUAGAGUUUAAUGACCUGUGUUCUGAAACCGAACUUAAUUUUACUUGUUCAGAAGGAUAUGUAUUAGAUGGAGAAUCUCAAAUAUCUUGUCGACCUCAUGACAUGACUUGGAGUGACAGUCCUCCGCGGUGUGUACCAAAACAAUGCGAUGCGUUACAACUGGGAGUAAACUUGCACACGAAUACAGAUGAGCGCAUCGUCGGGACAUUAGUUACGUUCAGGUGUAGCGAAGGAUGUAUAUUAAUAGGAUCAGCCAACACAGUGUGUUUACCUAACUGCUCUUGGUCGGAUGGCGUACCUGAAUGCCAAGCUAUAACAUGUGCUGCACCUGAAGUUUCAUCAAAAAAUCUGUUCAUUCACCCGGUUGUGAAAAGUGUGUAUUUUUACGGAGAGAUGGUAACUUACGGAUGCCGCAGUAGGUUCAACAACAUUGUUGGUGACGGAUCUCGAAUGUGUUUACACUCUGGAAAGUUUUCAGGAAAAGAACCGACGUGCCAUGCACGAUGUAACAUGAAUAAAGUGAGUGUUGUGCAGAACGGUGUCAUUGUGCGAUCGUCUGAACACUAUUACUUUCAUGGCGGCUGGAUUGAAGUUUACUGUCGCUCAACUUACCGUCUUGUGGGAGCUAGCUAUUUUGAAUGUAAAGAUGGAAGCUGGAGUAGUGAUUUGGACCCAGUAUGCCUUAAAGAUGCAUCCAAUGACUUUGUGUUCCCAGUGGUCGUUUAUGGUUAUACUAUUAACCAAGUUGCAACCGUGGUUCAAGGGUCAACUGUCAUUGUGGACUGUAUUUUCUUGUCCAGAUCACGUCGCCCAAGUUGGAUCAUCGAUCCUCGAGGAUCCAAAAAGAGGCAAAUCCCUGGCAUGUUACAUCCACCUGGUAAUGUAUAUCGGAUAGAGUUAAAAAAACGUCCGAGAUCAAGACUCUGGGACGUAUGUCUGCCUGACACCAUUUGAUUCAAAUCGAGGCAAAGUUCACAUCGAAGUCAUCCG